UUCAUGCUCUGAGACCCUCCCCUGCCCUGUGAUUGGCUGAGAAACCUAACCCCUGCUAGUUACCUUUAUGGCCAGAAAGUAGUGUGUGGAAGUCUGGAAGAUAGGAGGAACUGAGGGCUGGGACUGCAAGUGUUUCCUUUGGACUUAAACCAGUUAAAACAAUUCCUUUUACCAGGCAGUGUAUAUUUUUGUAAAUGCAGCCUCUUCUUCCCUCAGUGAAGGCCUGACUUGGUUUCCAUGGGAUUCUGAUGUGAUCCAGGGGGAUGUUUGCUGAGCCACAAUAGAUGAGAUCAGAAAACCAGGAAACUUGGUGUUCCGCAGCUGGUUCAGGAAUGCAGAUUGGAUGCCUCUAGCAUGGAUGGGAUAUGUUACAAUCAGGAUUUUGCACUGGUAGACUAACCAGAAAUAACCACAAAUCAAUGAAGACUCUUCAAGAAUUUUAAAUAAAAAAAGCAAAUCCCCCUCUUAGCGAUGUCUUCACUUGGCAAUGCAAUAGAGAGAUGGAGUAUAAGAAGCACAAGUGGCAAUUUAGAUCUCAGGCAUCAGCUGAUUUCAGGCGACUGCCAAAGCAGGUCGUCAGCAGUCAAAUCUAUGGCUGCCAUAGUGGACUCUGCAUACAGUUCAUUUUCUGGUAGCUCCUAUGUUACAGAUUAUCAGUCUUCAUUCCAACAUGGCAGUUGUCAUGUGAACGAGGAACAGGUUUCUUACAUGGACUCUGAGUAUGUCAAAGCUAUUUAUAAUCCCAGUGCAAUAGACCAAAGUCAUUUGCAACAGAACUUGUAUUGUGAGGAUGGUUCAUCGAAGGACGAUUUGUCUGGGAGAAUUACUAGUUUGAAAACUGGUAACUCACAGCUUACUUCUGAUGAGCGUCACUCACCACCGAUGAGGCUGGAUAAAUACACCACCUUUCAGCAAUUAGACCAGUCUGCUAUUAAGAAUGGCUCUGCUGAUCAUGUUAGUCACAAGACUAAGAGGAGUCCCAUAAGCAGUAGCAACCUUUCUUCACCUGACCACAAAUUAAGCCGCCAGUAUGGUCAAUGCCACAGCCCUACGUGGGUUAGGGAUUCAGUACAUGGAGAAUGGGACCAAUCAUCUACACCCUGUAAAAUGGAAAGAGAGGACAGUCCUCAUUUCCCAAGUUCUUCAUUUCUGCCUCUUGCUGAGGAUGUGGCUACAAUGUGUGAAGUUAGUUACAGUAGUGAUGAAAACAAUCACCUUUCCCAAAUGAACAAAUUAAAUAAAGACCGUUUUAAGCAAAUAGAUUUACAAACAAGAAAACACCUCACUCUGAAAAGAGAAGAUCAGAAUCCAAAGGAUCACUUUAAUUAUUUUACAGACAAUUACCUAAAUGAAUGUGCAACCACCAAAAGUACAAGACACUCUCUGACAGAGUUUGUGUCAGAGAGACUCCGUGUGUAUGAGAUUGAAAGUAGUUCUUGGAAGCCAGCGAAGGAAACUAAUUGUUAUGAUUAUGAAGGAACAAAGAGUGAAGAAGUAGAGGACCUGGCACUAAAUGAACAGCACAAAGAACAAUACCCAUCACUGCCCCAGAACAUGACUGACACAGAUUGUAAUAAGCUUGGACAAUGGGAUAGCAAAUCCAAACGUCCUCAUACAAGAACCAGCCAAACAAUAUACAGUAGGGCUACUGAAGAUUUUUGUGAACAGUCUUCAAAAGCAGUGAAUUAUGACAACCUUGAUGAAGUUCCUAAAUCUCACAACGUUAGAAAAGAUGCAACCAUAAAACCUAUUCCUCUGUUGUCCCAUCAACAAGAGCAAACUGUACCCCAAAGUUCUAACUUUUGUGAACUACUUAGUGACAAGAUUACCAAAGCAUCAACCCCAAUGCUUUAUCAUCUGGCUGGAGGAAGGAACAACGCUUUUGUUACAAUAAACAACGCAAAUCAGACUAAAGAACUAGAUGCAAAUAAUGAAUCCAAAACACUUCGGAGAACAAGUCCUUUUUCUAUACCACAGGCAGAUGAGCCAAUUAAACAUCUUCAUAAAACUAAAAGCCAGUCACAACUGGCUGAAAAGUGUCUUGAUGACUGUAGUGAUGGUGAGGCACCAGAGAGCCUAACUUCCUCAGCUGAGGAGAGUUUUAUGCACGAUUAUAGGGAAAAACUUAAGGUUGCCCAGAAAAAAGUCUUGAGAGAAACCUCUUUUAAGAGAAAGGACUUGCAGAUGAGUUUGCCUGUUAGGUUAAAAUUAAAUCCCUCUAAAAGGCCUUCAAUAGAUCAUAUACGAACGUAUUCUUUAUCUGGCGCAAAUGAAGAUGCUAAAUUUCUACAGCCAAAAGUUUUAGCAGACAAGAGCUGCAAAAAGGAGGAGCCCGAAAAGUCCACCGUUUCCCGAAUAGGAGGAAGAAAAAGACUGUCGAAGGAGCAAAGGAAGUUAUGUUAUUCAGAACCAGAAAAACUCGACCAUCUUGGUGUUUGUAACACUGGCUUUGCAUGGAAUAGUGAGGGGUCAGGUAAAAAUAAAUCCGAUGAUCAUUAUAGGAUGAAGUCAUUAGACAAAGAACGAACUCUUUCAUCUUCAAAUCUUUCAAAGACGGAGCUAAAGCAAAUCCAACACAAUGCACUUGUUGAGUAUAUGGAGCGAAAAGCAAGCCAAAGGCCCAGUAGUAUUCACCAGGCUCAAGUGCAGAACACAUCCGGAAUCCAGUCCUUUGCAGAGUGGAAAUGCAUGACAAAUGAAACAGUAUGUAACAAUGUUACUCAAAAAUAUCACCACAGGAGAUCGGCCGGAGCCUCCUCUUCUUAUGAUGCUACAGUCACUUGGAAUGACAGACAGCUAAAGACUUCUUCAUUCGGAGACUCUGCACUGUCAGUGGACAAAACUGUGAAUGGCAAAUAUAAAACUCACUUUGACCCAUGUACAUUAGAGAACAGUAAAUGUUAUUCUGGAGAUAAUUUCACAUCUAUUUGCAAAAAACGAUCCAAGUCGAUGAACCAUCCUCAGGUUCCAGGUGGGUACUUGACUUUAUCAACAUCAGCACUUUCAAGCAAUUACAAUGAAUUCAACCGCAGAUCCCCUGUAACAGUGGACAGUACUACAAGUGAGGCUGAGAAAGAAUGUGCAGCCAGAGGGAGAGGCAAGUCUAUGGAAGAGAUAGGGACUACAGACAAAGUAAGGCUGUCCGUGCUGAGUCAAAGCACAGAUCAGCUAUACCACAUUGCAGGCCCUGCACUAGUACCACGGCUGGAAAAUACAAGCAGCACAGCUGUGGUCCAUCAAGACAAGCUGAAGGCCAACACUGAGAAUGAUUCAGGAAAGGAUCUGAGAAAAACAAGUAAAGAGGAUUUGCUGAUGCCUCCUAGAUUAGAUGUUGCAAAGUUUGUGCAAGAGAGACAGUCCAGGUCCCAGAGAGCAAGUCCUUUCUCUCACACAGAUAAUUCCGGCUUCUCUCAUCCUUCCCAGCUUCACACUAGUGCUGCCGAGCAACCACACACUUUCCAAACGGAUGAUGAGGUUUUCUCACAGCCCAUCAGCAUGGAAGAUGCUUGUAGAAUGAACCCUAUGGAGCAGGAGAGUAACAGAAACUGUGUAUCUAAUGCUGAGGAGGCUCUGCAGUCUCAUAAUACUUUUCCUGUCCACUCCCAUCUAGAACAGCAAGUCGUGAUUGUGCAUACACCAAGCUUGGAUGACAGUGGGAAAGAUCUUCCAGGGUGUGAUAAUGAAGGGAGAACUGAGACAGAUGACCCUACUGAGGGUCCAGCAGUCAGUGAGCCCCCUGUUCCUACAGUAGAAGAUUUUGGUGCAACAAGUGAAAUGAGAGAAUCUUCAGAAGUUCGGUCAGCGACUAUUCCUUGGCAUGAACAGAUAAAUCAUAACCCAGGCAAUGAGCUGAAUGGCACACAAACAACCAGCUCCUGUUUUGGCUAUGAUACGCACAAUGGGAGCGAUGAAGCUUCUGGGCAGGAACUGGAGGCCAGCAUGGAGAAACAAGGUGACCCAGCCAAAGAAGUCCUGAGCUCACUGAGAUCAUCUGCAGAGGAAAGACACAUGGAGCUAGUUAGAGAGAUCAUUUCCCAAGACAAGUCUCUGGUUGAUAUUCUUAAACCCCUUCCUGUAAGGGAAUCUGCCAUCAAUCUAAUGAAAAGCCUCUUCCCUGUGGACAUUUCAAGAAGGGAAAAGUGCAGAAAUAGAGCACUAACCAAAGACAAGUUGAGUCCUGAGGAUAUGUCAAAGUUACACUCAAAGGGCAUGUUGCUGCUUGAGAAGAGGCAUAGCCAGAGGUCGGAAAGAGAAUGCCUGGAUGACAACACUUUAAAAAAGAUAGAGCUUAUUUCCAACAUAAAUUUACGACUGGAGGAGCUUUACAUUGACAGGCAAUUGCUUCUUUCCGAGAUCGCUGAAAACACAACUCACGGUACAAAGCUGGAAGCCGUAGUGAAAGAGCUUUGCAAACCCAAUGAAUACGAGCGCUAUAUGAUGUUUAUUGGAGAUCUGGAGAAAGUGGUGAGCCUUCUCUUCUGUCUGUCCAUGAGGUUGCUUCGGGUUGAAAACGCUUUGAGCAGAAUCGAUGAGAAUACAGAUGCAGAUGAAAUGCAAUCCCUGAAGGAACGGCACAGCCUUCUGUCCAGGCAGAGAGAGGAUGCAAAAGAUUUAAAGGACAACCUGGACCGCAGAGAACAAGUGGUCAUUGGAAUACUGGCCAAAUACCUAAGCGAGGCCCAACUCGAGGACUACAAGCACUUUGUUAGGUUGAAGACCUCAUUCUUGAUUGAGUUGAAAGACCUGGAAGAGAAGAUUAAAUUUCACGAGGAACAGUUGGAAAGUCUUUCUAACAGCAUUCCUCCUUAAUCAGCCAGUAGAAGGCGGAGACGCAUUCUUACUACUGUUCCAUGCCAUGACGGCAGAGUCCUCUGGGCUUUGAGAUUUUAAAAUGUGUUAGUGUUGAUUAUGCUGCUGCUAAGACAUAACAGGAUUAAUUUCCAUGAUCCCGUACGUAGGUGGUACUUGCUGAGAGCCUUUGUGACAGUGUUAAUCGUGCAAGAAAGAAAUCUAUUGGACUGGUAGACCGAGGAGGGUGAAAUUUCCAUGAAUAAAACUGUGUGCCUUUUUUGGAUAAGUUAUCAAUGUUUUGUCCUUUUAUCAAUGUUAUUAUAAAUGAUAGUGUCCAUGUCAUUUGGUUUCCUGGUUGACAUAAUUAUUUCAAUAAAAUAUAUAUAUAUAUAUAUUUCUGAUCAUGUUGUCUUGCAGAUAGUUUGUGUUGUUUGAACAUACUGUAAGAUGUCUGGAGUCUUACCCAUCUGUCUGUGAGUGGUAUUAGCUGUUAUGUUAGGAAACCUGUAUUUAGGCUUACAUUUAGCAUGUUAGUGCACUGCGGCUGGUCAUGUUACACAUUUAUUGGGUUUUCUGUUUACAAAUAAAUCCUUUUAAGCUGCCAUACCGCUGAUAACAUCUGUUGUAUCCAGGCCACGGACAUUUAUUUUUUUGCCACACACAAGGAACAAUUAGGUUUCAAAGAGUGAGGGCCACACAUACAGCUGGUCAUAUUGCCUUCUAAUUCUUCAGAAUAAAGUUCUGCUGUAUUUUACUGUGCAUGGAAAACCCUGGGGGCAGAUGUACCAAGCCUUGGAGAGUGAUA